AGUGUCGAGGAAGGACGACGGACGGGCGGGUGGGCGGGCGCGCGCAGCCGCCGUGAUGCACUUGCCGCUCGGCCAGCAGCAGUAGUGGGGACGCGGUCGUUGGCGCAGGUUCUCGCGAGCAGCUCACGGGAGCGCCAGCCACAGCGUAGUCGCGAGAGUCAGUGCGCGGCGCGGACCGGGCCGCCCAAGAGGCGACAAGCUCCGCGAGUACGUCGACGAGCUGUGCCGGCGAGUGACAGGCAAGGAGGCAGGCCCCAUGCAGCUGAGCGGCACGAGGCGGCGCUCGGGUUGCCGUUGACGCCAACAUGGGCAAGAAGGGCGCCAAGAGGAAGACGCGCUGGAGGACCCUCAGCAUCGGCACUCCCCCGGGCGAGGAGGACGAGGAGGACGGCUCGCAGCAGCGGACCAGCUACGCCAAGUCGGAGCAGCGCUCGCCCGCGCGCUACGCGAAGGAGCCGGCGCAGCGCAACGGCUAUCAUCACCACUAUGGCCAGCAGCAGCACGCCAGUAGCGGCGGCCAGCACCAGCAGCACCAGCAGCCCUGGCUGAAGUCGCGCCACGGCAGCGCCGGCAGCAGCAGCAACGGCGGCUCGUCCAGUGGCUACGCGAGCGGCGAGUCGCGCAAUGUCGCCUUCAACGAGGACGAGUACACCAAGAUCACCACGCCCCGCCAGGACAUGCUCUUUAAGAAGGGCUACCUGUCGCAGAGGAAGCAGCUGUACGCCAGCACCAGCGCCACGCCGUCCACCGCCGAGAGCCAGUCCGCCUCCCACUCCACCGCAGACGGUAGCGAGGCGGCGGAGGAUCAGCAGCUGCUGGACAGCGUGGCGGCAACUGACUAUCUGCCAGGCGGCGGCGGUGGCGCGGCGACGGUAAUGGAAGCGGCACCGAUGAGCUACGGCACUUACUACGACCACGCGAGCGGCUACUACUACGAGUACCCGAUGAUGCUGGUGGGACCGGCGCUGCCGCCCGACCAGCUGCACCACGUGCCCUGCGCCGCGGUGCCGUGCGCGCCGGUGCCUCUCAGGCCCAUCGAGUGGGUCAACCCCGCUUUCGUGCCGAAGCUCGCCUCGCAGCAGUACUGCUACAUGGACUAUCAGGCGCCAGCGGCGGACUGCACGGCGACGCUGCUGGACGCGCACGGCGUGCCGCUGAGCAACGGCCUGAGCAACGAGGCGAGCCUCGCGGGCAGCGCCUCGGCCUCGGCCUCGGGCAGCGUGGCCGACGACGUCGACGAGUCCUGCGGCGCGCUGCCCGCCGCCGACCAGGAGAUGGCCGAGCUGGCGGCGCAGCAGCCGCCGGCGCCCCUCCUCGACCAGCCGGACGUGCUCGGCCUGCCCAUGGACUUUGGCCCCGUGGAGGCGACGCCCUACGUCGAGCCCCAGCCCGUGCCCUACCUCUAUCCCGGCCAGUACAUGUUCGGGCCGCCACUGGUCAACGUCAAUGGCGUGACUAUACAAAGUGGGCCCAUGCUCAGAUGCAGCGACAUGCUGGCGAGCUCCGCGGCGGCAAAGCGCCGGAAAAAGAAGAAGAAAAAGAAGCAGAAACGUCCGCAUGCUCUCGGUAACACGGAGGACGACGACGAAGAAGACUACAGUUCGGAGGGCGAUACGGGUCUCUCGUCGCCGUCCCGAGUCCCUUGGCCGCCGACCGAAUUGGCGACGGCGACGAAGACUACCAGUUGGCCUUUGAACCCCGAGUGUCAAGAGUUCCACUUGCCCGAGGCCAAUGCUUCCAUGGAGUCUAGCGAGCCGCAACAGCAGCAGCAGCAGCAGCAGCAGCAGCAGCAGCAGCAGCAGCUCAGCAACGAAGAUAAAAGACUGAGAAACGACGACAAGAACGGGCGAGUCGAGGAAGACGAAGUGCCGGAAGAGGAGAGUGUCAAGCCAAAGACAAGGCGACGCUCGCUGAAGAUCGUCAGGGAGCCGACGCCGGGGCCCGACUUCUGCGACGUCGCGACGGAGGAGAGACACGACGAUGACGAGGUCAACGAGGCAGUGAAUCACAACGACGACGGACCGAUCGAGCAAGCCGCCGCGAUGCUUGCUGCCGCGAGUGUUAUCGAGACGCCGAGGACGGACGUUGGAGACGUUGAUGCGAGUGGCUGGCACAACGACAGCUCGAUCACGUCGGAGAGCUGCUGCGCGACAUCGCGGACGGCCGACGAAACGGACUCGGGCUUCGAGAGCCAGAGCACCGGCGCGGCAACGGCGGCGGCGACGGCGGCUCCGGCAGAGGCGGACGCCGGCAAGUCCAGACCCAUCACCGACGCCGUCAACGAGUGGCUUAAACGCGCCAAUUCGCCGGACCUGUUCAUCACGUCGUCGGCGGCGAGUGACAACGACGACGACGACGACGAUGACGACGACGACGACGAGGAGCCGAAAGGAGACGAGGACAAUCAGUCAAAAAACUUGCAAGGCAACCCCAUGCCUGCACUAUCUGUUAAUGGCCAGGCCAGUCACGGACAGCUCGCCAGCUCCAGCGCACAGAGCAGCUGCAAGCACAGAAAGAAGAAGAGCAAGCUAGGGCGGAAGCGCGAUCAGUCGGAGCAGUGUGGCAAACAAGAUUUGGCAUCAAAGACACCGUCUAUUUCCGUGCAAGCAGCAGAUGAUCCACCGGGCGUGGUGGCGAGCGAGCCGACCGUGAAGGAUAGGGAUGCGGGCAUGAGGGUUGCUGAAAAAUCUCGGAUCAACCACGAGGAUGCAACGAGCGAGCAGCAAGUGAAGACUUACGAGAAAGGUGAAAUCGUUGUGUCGAUGGAUGGCGAGUUAUUGCUCGUCGAGACUGUCGCCACAAGAAGAAAUAGCAGCAGCAGCAGCAGCAGCAGCAGCAGCUGUGCGAGCAUGGGAGCGUCCCUUGGUAGCAUAGAGGAACCAGAUCUGGUUCUUGAGUGUUGGGAGCCGGAGACCGUCGAGCCGAUCGCGACACCUAAGAAAGUCCUGCACGACGACUCGACUUCGCUGGCGGAAGAGGAGGACAAGCGUGAGGAUAUGGGACAUGUACUGCGAUAUUACCGGCUGAUCGAGGACGAAGUUGCGGAGCCGGCCAAAGUCGUGCCAAAUAGUUCCGGAGGGGAGAGCAGCGACGAAGACGAGAUUACGGAGAUGGUGGUGCCGAUCGUCACGCCGGACAAGUGCAUUUGCUACGACCCGAGGCUGCCUGUCGACGAAGCCUUCGAAGUCUACGAGAGCUACUACAAUGUCCCCGGCAAGUUCUUGCCUUACCAGAUAGGCUCGCCGGUCUAUCGCACCAAUCCUGCCGAGGGCCCGAUACCUUGCAAGGCCCAUUGCUGUAACAUCCAAUGACUAGAGGUCACCUCGUGUCAUGGCCGUCCUCCGUUCCUCGCGUGAUCGUCGUGUAUUGCCCAAGUACCACGAAACUUCUGUUUCUGACUUUUCUAAUGUGUCAACGAGCUUGAUCUUGUUGUUACAUUACCUUGUUCCUUUCCCUUUUUCGCUUCUUUCUUUUUUCCGAUCAUGACGCCACUCGAACCGAUAAUCCCGAGGUUCGACGGUACUCGCGAACACAAACGCAGUGCGAAAGUCCGUCGAUGCUUGAUUCCCUUUAUACGACGUUUAUUCGUUUAUUCCAAUUUUGCGGGGAUCGGCACUAUGCACGACGACGAUUAUACUUUAUGUUCCAAAUGAUAAGUUUUGCGUUUGUAAAUAGCCUGUCAGCGUUUUCAUCCGCGAAUUCCUCUUUUCACCCCAGAUCCCCCCCCCCCCCUUCUUUUACAAGUGAGACAACGCCCCUUUUUAUUGUUCCCUACAUCGCUGGUGGAUGUUUCAUGGGUUUUUAAAUCCUUCGAGGGUUCGUAUACAUUAUUUCUUUACUUUUUCGUGCAAAGUGAAAAACACAUUCAAACAAAAAGAGAAAAAACUGUCUAAUGUUUAAGGUUCCUAAUUACUAUGUAACUUCGUUUCACAAGAUGAGAUAUCUUUCGAAUGAUAGAAGUUUCUACGAGUUCGAAUUACACGUUUUUAGAUUUAAAACGAGCCAAGCCCAAUUCCGUUAAUAUGAUCACGAUGCUCGCCAGGUUAUAUCUCUAAGAUUAUGUGAUGAUAAUGUAAUUAGAAAAAGGAAACCAAGAAAAUAACGAUAAACUACCAAUCGAAAUUCAUCGAUUACCUUGUUAUACAUUUGCAUGCGAAGCGUUUUCGCAAAAUCGUUAUCACGUUUAGCCUCCGAACAAAUAACACAAAAGAAAGUGAAAGAAUUGUUAGAUGCUAGUCCGAGAAGGCUGACGAUGAAACGAUAAACCAAAGCGUUAGAGUGUUGGCAACAUGUCGACGAUUGUUGAACUAAGAAAUGAACAAAGGAAGAGAAUGGGAGAGACAAAUGAAAAUAAUUGUCUGUUGUUUUUGUUGUUGAUGAUGUGAUUAUAGAUAUGAUGUGACGUGUGUCUAGGACUCGUCGUCGCUAUAUACACAUGUGAUUAGAGGAUAUUUUUUACAAACCCUCUCAAUAUAAAUCUCUUAAGAUCUUGAAGUUUGCUGAUGAUCAUGAAUUUUCAUAUUAUAUAUAUAUAAAUAAAUAAAUAAAUAAAUAAAUAAAUAUAUACAUAUAUAUAUAUAUAUAUAUAUAUAUAUAUUCAUAUAUGUAUGUAUGUAUAUCAUUUUAUUCCUCCAUCACGAGUCUAUGAAACAGAACUGUGUGUUUUGAAACGUGGCGCCUACGCUGUCGUCGACAGACGAACGAUAUCACGGCUGAAUUGUAGCUUUUCUGCUUUUUAUGUAAAGCCUUGCUAAUUGGCUAUCGCGAUAGCUUCGCUCACUAUAAUCGGUAAAGUAAAACUAGAUCGGCAUGAAUUCCACGGAUAUUACAUCGAUAUUAGACGAAUAGUCCACCUAGACGAAAGAUCGUAGUUGAUGACGAAAUUCCAGUGAAACAAAUUGAAUCGUAAAAUUGGAGCUAUUCGCUAGCGUACGAAAUAGCUCAAGAUUCGGGCUGACGCAGGCUGACGUAGGUACGGUAGCUGUAGAUUAAUAGAGGCAGCAAGAGGAAAAAAGUAGAUGUGUCGUAGUCGACAGGAUGACUUUUUGAAAAGCGAGCGACUGGAUGACCGCAGACUUCUAUUGUAUACACACGCAUACGUAGCAAUCUAAUGAAACAGUAACGUACAAAAGUUGAUCGAUAAAACAACAUAGAAACGAAAAAGACUACUCCUUGCGCAAUUUUCAUACAUACACACACUCACACAUCGAGGCACACCUGUUACGACAAAAUCACACUUCAGAUACGACACGUGAGAGAGAGAGAGAGAGCGAGAGAGAGAGAGAGAGAAAAGAGAUGAUAAUAUGGACCUCGCGGACGAUGAUGAAUAUCGUCAAAAGUGACGAACAAGCUGCCUCGGCAUAACCGUGUAUUCAUCAGCCCUCGAGCUGGCGUUGUCGGGUGAGAAAGUGGAAGAUAUCUUGCGAUCGGUGGUUUUUUUCCCUCGAGUUUUGUUCGAAUCUCUGUGUGUGUGUUCUUUUACGAGGAAAAAAGUGUACACUUAUAAUGUAUAUCCGAAAGUGCUUUACGUUCUUGACGAGCAGCGUUGUAUAUCUUUUACACAAUGAUAGAAGCUCGUGUAAUAUCGCUAAUCCGUUCGGAAAUGAAAAUGGGGGAAAAAUGAAGGAGCGAGCGCGUUGCAUCAAUUGUGUGCCUUAUUCUCUGUGGCGGCCAUUUUUUCUAAUCGUAAACGCAUCUCCUUAUGCACACCGCGGAUCGUGUAUUGAAAAACAGGCGCGAUAGCGACAAAAAAGGCGAAAAGCAGAUAAAAAACAAAACAAUAAACAUUCGAUAGAUCAUCCCGUCAGUCUAGCCAUUAUCACACUGCAUUGCAUCGCAUAUCAUCGUAAUAAUGGAUCUUAGUUGUAAUACGGGCUCAACGAAAUCAUAUAAGCUCAUUAAUCGAUGUUGAUUAUCAUGUGUGUGGGCGCGACAGCGAAAAUCUUAUACAAUGCAUCCAUAAAACAGAUCAAACGGAUAAAUAGAUAAACGAGUACACGCUGGAAAAUGAAAACACGUACAUAGAAGUGCAUCUAUCUCUAUAUGCGAUAUCGUUUAAAACGAUUAAAAUACACAAAAAAUAAUAAUAAUAAAACACGAGACAUGUUGCUGUACAAUUUCAUGAAGAAAACUUACUGUAUCGGAAUAAAGUUAAGGAAUAACUCUGUACUUUAAUUCUUUUUUUUUGUGUUUUGCUUAAAAAAUAUUAAUAAAACGAU